CCUCCCACCGGACACGGAAGUCCUCAGAGGCGAGAGCGUGCGCGCUUACAUGUGGUUAUAACUUCAUCCUGCUCGUGUGCGAUCUAGGAAAAUGACUAAAGUGAAGAAGGAGGAAUGUGAGGAGGUGCCCGAGACGCCGAGUAAAUCAUACGAUGAGCUGUUAUCGUAUCUAAACCCUGUCGCUAAACCACUCGCGGGCCGCAAACUCACCAAGAAGCUGAACAAAUGUGUAAAGAAAGCCAUAAAACAGAAGAAUAUCCGCAGAGGAGUGAAGGAAGUGCAAAAGUUCAUCAACAAAGGAGAGAAAGGCAUUGUAGUAAUGGCUGGUGACACCCUUCCCAUUGAGGUUUAUUGUCAUAUCCCUGUAAUGUGUGAGGAUCGCGGCAUUCCUUAUUCAUACGUUCCAUCCAAAUCCGACCUAGGAGCAGCUGCAGGCUCCAAGCGCCCGACCUGUGUGAUACUGAUCAAACCACACGAGGAUUACCAGGAAGCAUAUGAUGAAUGUCUAGAGGAUGUGCAAGCCCUUCCUUUACCCUACUGAUCAGGACAAUUUAGAGGAUAUUACUUUUCCAUCAAGAGUUCUGGCCUAAUGUAAAAAUAGUACCAGAUAUCUCUUCAUAAACAUUUUGUGUGCGGUUCUCCAGAUAAACUGUGAGGGCAUACAUUGUUUGCCAUGUGUAUGCUGACGUUUAUGGUUGAGCGACUGAAACCACUGCUGGUUAACAUUUUAAAAAAAAAAAAAUGUUUUUGUUAAAUGGAUCCUAAUCUUGGAAGGGGAGCUUCUUUUAAACUGAUACUGGCAGUUGCUGUAGUACAGAUCUACAUGGCAUCUCCCCCGCCUGCUAUUCUGGGUUAAGCAUAGCACAGUGAUAAGGAUCAAAACAGGUUGAUUUUUACUAGAAGUAUCAAAGAAUAAAUUACCAGUAUAUUUUGUUCUCUA